ACGGGUCCUGCUCCUCGUCUUUUCAAUACCACUGCUCCCGAGUGCGCCUCCGCCGCGUGACUUUCGCGCAAAGUUUUUGACAUUUUAACCAAAUCAUCUUGCCGCCAAACAAAACUCCUGCCGGUGCGCAAUUAAUUUACCUAAUUUAUUAAAAAUUUUUGAGAGACGCUAAUUAAUUACUUGUGAUUUUUAAUUGACUGUAUAAACUCGUUACGUCUGAGAUAAAUUUCAAUCGCUGUUAAGUUGAAAAGAACUUUGACCACUUUGAGAAGUUUGCAAAUUUCCGUCGAGAUUCACGUUUCUAUUCAUUUAUAAAAAAAAGUUUCAGCCAGCAGAGAGAAACUACUUGCCGCUGACAGCAUCCGUCAUCGUGUCCUGAUGCUUGAGUUGCAGCGCAAGCAGCAUGCCUCGACGUUUGGCCAAGAAAUUCCGUCGCGACAUCGGCGUAGUUAAUCAGUCGGUGUUUCUACAUAAACGCAGCUCUACUCCGGAAAAUAAUGGCUUCAGAUGGUGGAAUAUCUACGGCGAUAAGAUGGAGCGAGUAAACCGGGAUGUAACUAAAUAAAAGUCUGAGGUUACAAGUCACAGUAUCGAUUAAAUCAUCUUCAUCCAGGCAGCUUUUGAGAUGGCCGACCAAAAUAGCAGUUGCCCGGAAGAAGAGGUCGCGGUGUACAAUAUAAGUCUCGGUUUUACGACUGCUGUACCGGAAUGGGAAGCGUUACUCACCAUCUUCACGCUGACCCUCAUCAUAAUAUUCACAGUGGUAGGAAACAUCCUCGUCAUACUCAGUGUGUUUACGCACAAGCCGCUGCGAAUCGUGCAGAACUUUUUCAUCGUCUCGCUUGCGGUCGCCGAUAUGACCGUCGCCAUUCUCGUGCUGCCGCUGAACGUCGCCUACUCAAUUCUCGGCAAGUGGAUAUUCGGCAUUCACGUGUGCAAAAUGUGGGUGACAUCCGAUGUCAUGUGCUGUACGGCGUCCAUCCUGAAUCUAUGCGCGAUCGCUUUGGAUCGUUUCUGGGCUAUUACCGACCCGAUCAAUUACGCCCAGAAGCGCACGCUAAAGCGCGUCCUGUGGAUGAUCGGCGGAGUAUGGGUACUUUCGCUAAUCAUCAGCUCACCGCCGCUGAUCGGGUGGAACGAUUGGCCGCCACCUGAGGAGUUCGAGAUCGAAAGCAUCUGCCGACUCACCGAACGACGCGGAUACGUCGUUUAUUCUUCGCUGGGAUCAUUCUUCAUCCCGCUGUUAAUUAUGACCAUCGUCUACGUGGAGAUAUUCAUCGCCACAAGGCGGAGAUUGCGCGAACGCGCUCAAGCAUCCAAAAUCGGUGCGUAUAUGUCACGCAAUCAGACUGCCAGCAACGACAAUGGUAAAACCAAAAAAUAUGAACACGACCGGGAGUCAGUGAGCAGCGAGACGAACCACAACGAAAACCCAGUUGACUCCAAUGGAAAAUCCAAGGAGAAGAAAAGCAAGAAACAAAAGAACAAGAAACAAACAGACACCAAUAAUGACAAAGCUGCCUACUUGAAGCCCAUGUUAGUGCAUGAAGACUCUUUCACGGACAACGCGGAAGGAUCUUCAAGCUCACAUAGAAAAAGCUCUGUUCCAGUUGAAGCUGGCAAAGAAAACGACGAUACACCCGAAGAACAAACAGAAAUCAAACCUACUACUCCAUUAAAAGAUGCAACUAUUGUAGCAACAGUUGCAGAGACGCAAAAUCAAAAAUCCAAAGCGGUAAAGAUUCAAGAACCUCCACCACCAAAAAAGACAGGAAUUGUGUAUCAGUUCAUCGAAGAAAAGCAACGCAUCUCUCUAUCCAAAGAACGUCGUGCAGCUCGUACGCUGGGAAUCAUCAUGGGUGUAUUCGUGGUCUGUUGGCUGCCAUUCUUCCUCAUGUACGUCAUCAAACCGUUUUGUGCAUCGUGCUGUCCCUCUAAUCGUCUCAUAAAUUUCAUCACGUGGCUAGGCUAUAUAAACUCUGCGCUCAAUCCGAUCAUCUACACAAUCUUUAACUUGGAUUUCCGGCGAGCUUUUAAGAAAUUACUCGGACUAAAAGCCUAAGCUCGCCCGAACGCCGCAUAAAAUAUGCAAUGGCGCAAUGCGAUCAUGGCCGUAGCAGCAAUUUAAUGCAUUUUAAAUGAAAAUUACAAUUCGGGGAUGCGCCGGAAUCGUUUGAUACAAUUAUCAUGCCACCAACGAACAAAAAAAACACAGUUAUUAUACAUCAACCAGGAAUUGAUUGGAUGUAAUUCAAUAGAUAGAAUAUAAUUAGAAGAUCCGUCGGCAACACAACCAUAAUUUCCCGUCUAAAUAAUUACUAAAUAAGUCUUAGAUAAAUCUACUUAGCUGGUAAGACUGACUUUAAUAUUUAAAGUAAAUUACGAAGCAAACAAAAUGAUUAUUUAGUGAAAUUGAUUGUGUGCGCAAACAUUUGCCGACUUCUGGUUACAUGCUAUCAAUAAUUAUCGGAUAUGUAUGUAUAUUGAUAUUAUAAUGAUAAUAAUAACGAUUGCUAUCUAGCGCCUAUAAUAAAAUUUUAGUUCAGUCUAUUACUCGCAUACCAGAUAAUAUAUGAACAUCCCCGUCAACAAAACUAGAUUAUAUUUGAUCGGACAAUAUUUGCAUCGACCUAAAACAUUCAGAUCUGAUUUAACAUGACACUUGUAAAUAUUAGCGGAGUAAUUGAAGUGAUGCACGUAAUUCACUGCAAAUACUUAAAUGGUAGAUGUACUCAUAUUCAUCGAGUCUUAGAAGGAUUUCUUCUCAUUUGAGUCUAGACUUUUGAUAUUUGCGUAUUCAUAUUCAAAAGUGUAUCGUUGUACAACUAAUAAUUAGUAAGAAUUGCAUAAACUAUUGAAUGUAUCAAUGGCAAAGAUGAUAAAAUCGUUAAUUUAAUAAUUAUAUUAAUAAUUAUAAUGAAUCAGUAUUAUGCGAUUCUAGUGGAAGCGCAGAGUGAAAAACAUCUCAAGACGACACAAAACCAGAAGCAAAAGAAAUACAUUCCGACGUCUCGCGCGUUUCGUAACACUCGAGCCCAUUGUUACGAGACCGCAGACCGAUUGUCAUUAAAUAAUGAGUGCUUUAAGGAUUAGCAUGACGCUUUUUGAAUAAGUAAUAUUUCAGUGCGCGCGACGUGCGAUCGAAGUCUGCGAUAAAAUACCACCAGCUCAGCUGAGGUAAAGAAGUGAAGAGCAUUAGGAAAACUCUUCAAAUUAAUUCGUUAUUUGAUUUGUGUUAAACUUUGUUUAUCGAUUGCUCAAUGUGAAUAAAGUGAAUUUAUAGAGGGAAAUGGCAAUAACCGGAGGGCGAAUAUCAAAUAAGUAGUAAAAAUAGCAUAUCACAAUUAUUUUUGUUAAGAAAAAGAGGUUUUAGCUUAGAUAAUUAAGUUGAGCGUUCAAUACUCAACUCUAAAAUUUGUUAUGUAUGCAAGAAUUACCAUUACAACCUAAACCUAACGUAAAAUUUUAAAAAUAAAAUAAAAGUUACGCAAAAAAAAGCUCCUAAAUCGAAUAUCAGAAGAAGAGGCAUCAUUAUCAAAAAAGAAAUGUAGACCAUUGUUACAAAGUAUACAAUAUUGUGUUACAGAUAAAAGGAUAACGUAUAAUAUGAUAUAUGCAAACAAAAAAGUGAAAUUAUUGAAAAAAUACUGUAAAUUAUGGUGAACACACACAAACACACCCAAAACUCGAAUGUCGGUUGUUAUUAUGUCUGUAAAUAAACUGUUCCUUUUAUUUACAUUUU